GUAUAUACUCCUGCAAAAUCUUUGUUCUUAACGGUCCUAAUAAAUCUCUGGAACCUGGUUCCUCAAGGAUUUCAUCUCUCCAUAGAUAUAGGUAAUAGAAUAUUCUAUACAACAUACGCGGACAACGGUCUUUGUUUGUGUGUAUAUAGAGCCGGAUUGGGAAUUGGAAGCCCUAGGAUUUUGUUAGAACAGACAUGGCAGCUGUAUCUAAUGGGCCGAAGAAGGAGCGGACGUGUGAGGGGCAUAACAUCGCAGGACCGACCAAUCCGAUGGUGACUCCUCUCCUGACGGACCUCUAUCAGUUCACCAUGGCCUAUGCUUACUGGAAAGCUGGCAAGCACAAUGAUGAUGGAUUCUUUGACUACCUACGAAGCAUUGACUGUUCUGAUGUUGAAAUAUAUUCCAUAUCUGAAGGAUCUGUUGUCUUUCCAAAGGUACCCUUGAUGAGAGUUGAAGGACCAGUUGCUGUGGCUCAACUGUUGGAAACUCCUUUUGUAAAUCUUAUAAAUUAUGCAUCAUUAGUUACUACAAACGCUGCAAGACAUCGCUUUGUUGCUGGGAAGGAAAAAUUACUUCUUGAAUUUGGACUCCGACGAGCGCAGGGUCCUGACGGUGGUAUAGGGGCGUCAAAGUAUUGCUAUAUGGGAGGAUUUGAUGCUACAAGUAAUGUGGCUGCUGGAAAGAUAUUUGGAAUUCCUCUUCGUGGAACACAUUCCCAUGCCUUUGUUAGCUCAUUUAUGAGCUCAGAUGAGAUAGUUGAGAAGUCACUUCAUAGGAGUGAUGGUUCCAGUGUCUGCGAUGACUUUGUUAGUCUGGUGCAAGCAUGGAUUAAUAAAUUGAAGUGGUCAAACUUACUAGGUGGUAUUUUUGGCGAGACAAAUCAGAGUGAAUUAGCAGCUUUCACAUCAUAUGCACUGGCAUUUCCUGGCAGUUUUUUGGCCCUUGUGGACACUUAUGAUGUUAUUAGAAGUGGCGUUCCGAAUUUUUGUGCUGUUGCUCUUGCACUUGAUGAUUUGGGGUAUAAAGCUAUAGGUAUUAGACUGGACUCUGGUGAUCUUGCAUAUCAGUCUUGUGAAGCCAGGAAAUUCUUUUGUGCUAUUGAAAAAGAGUUUGGAGUGCCUGGUUUUGGAAAGAUGAGCAUUACAGCGAGCAAUGACCUUAAUGAGGAAACUUUGGAUGCUUUGAAUAAACAGGGUCAUGAGGUUGAUGCAUUUGGUAUUGGAACCCAUUUGGUCACAUGCUAUGCUCAAGCAGCUCUAGGGGUUGUCUUCAAGUUAGUUGAAAUAAAUAAUCAGCCUCGAAUUAAGCUUUCUGAAGACGUUACCAAGGUUUCAAUUCCUUGCAAAAAACGGUGUUAUAGAUUGUAUGGGAAGGAAGGCUACCCUCUUGUGGACAUAAUGACAGGGGAAAAUGAACCCCCUCCAAAGGUUGGAGAACGCAUUUUGUGCCGACAUCCAUUUAGUGAAUCCAAAAGAGCAUAUGUGGUACCUCAGCGUGUUGAGGAACUUUUAAAGUGCUACUGGCCUGGUUCUUCAGAUAAAACAAGAGAGGUUUUGCCACCCCUUAAGCAGAUCAGGGAACGUUGCAUUGAGCAUCUGAGUCAAAUGCGCCCUGAUCACAUGAGAAGGCUGAACCCAACACCUUACAAGGUCAGUGUUAGUGCAAAGUUGUACGAUUUCAUUCAUUUCUUGUGGCUCAACGAAGCGCCUGUUGGAGAGUUGCAGUGAUCAUCAAGGUAGACAUGUCAGUGAAGCUAAUACAACAUCUGAAGCUCUACAUGUGUGAGGUUAUAUUUUUUUUCUUUCAAUAAUCAUGUAUAAUUUCCUUUUUCCAUAUUUUUGUCUGCAAUCAUUCAAUAGAUACACGAAACAAUUGUUUUCUUUGUUAUCCUAUUAUAGUUCCAAAACUUACGUAUGUGUUGUGGUGUAUUCGUCCGUCACAUUGUUUACACAAGGGGUAAACUAACUUAAGUUACUCAUAGUUAACCGGUGUAAAA